ACUUAGCGAAAAACUCAUGCUCAAUAGUCAAUAGUGCGAUAAACGAUACCGUUUUGGUUCUUUCAAUGGCCUCAAACGCAGAGAAACCUGGUCACUCUGUGCCCAACUGAACGAUUGCUCUCUCCAUACACACUACACAUACAGAGAGAUAGAGAGGUGGGGGAGACAGCUUCCAAAACCUAAUAAUGGCGUUCGAAAUCCCAUACGAUCUGAUCAGGAAGGUCCAGAUCUCUCUCCGUAAUGAAGCGAAUCUCUCUUCCUACGACCCGGACGAUCCUUCGCUCCCAAGCCUCCCUUCUCUGCAACAAACCUUAUCCCAACUCGAUCCCUCGCCGGCUUACCUCCGCUGCAAGCACUGCGAAGCCAGACUCCUCCGAGGGAUACAAUCCCUGAUCUGUGUCUUCUGUGGCCGAUACCAGAGCAGGGACCCCACUCCUGAACCCCUCAACUUUCGAGACACGUUUGGAUGCCGCUGGUUGCUCGAGUCCUUGGACCUUCAAGGAACGGAGAUGGUUGUACCAUCUGUUGGAGCAAAUGAAUCAAACAGAGGACAGAGUGCACAAAAAGAUGAGUUUCCCUUGUCAGAUUUGUUGAAUUUAGAAAUAAAAUUGUCUGUUGAAUCUGAGAAAGUUUGGACUGCUGCCUCGAGUGAGACAUCCAUUCAAAGGUCCUUGAAUUUGGCUGGCGUCGAUAUUGACAGCUUUUUUACUGAUGGUGAGAGACAUGCCGCACCAAGUGCAUCCGAAGAGCAGCUAGCCUGGAACAAACAAAUUGGAAGGACAGAGAGCAAGGAGUUCCAAGUUCGUGAAAAUCUUAGUUUGUUUGAGAAUGUUCAGCCGCCUGAGACAGCUACGUGGUCUACUGAAGAUGUGGGUGGCGACUCUGUUUCUGGUUGGGAGGCAAACUUCCAGUCUGCUGAUUCAGGGACAACUCAUGAAGAGACCAAAUCACUGGACCCUUUUGUGGGUUCUGCGGGUGAUAUUUCUGCUCAUUUGGACUCAUUUUUUGGACCUGGAAAAGAUUCUAUUGAUGGAAAGGCAAAAGACAAUACUGUUUCAUCAGCAUCCCUAGAGAGUGGCUGGUUUCAAGAUGAUCUAUGGAGUAAUUCCAAUGCCGUAGUAACUGCACGGACAGAGCAGGCUGAAAUAACUGCAAACACUAAGGAUAGCAGAUUAGAGGAGAAUGUGAAUGAUUCGUCUUCCACCAGUGUUGAUUGGCUACAAGCUGAUCAAUGGCAUACCAACAGUGACAAGGCACCUGAUAAUAAGAUAAUCGAUGAAGAUGAUGAUUCAUUUGAUUCAUGGAAUGAUUUUGCAAGCUCUACUAGUGCACACAAUCCUUCUACUAGUUCUUGGGAUCAAACUGUUAGUCAUGCAGCACCUUCUGUAGAACAAACUUCAGAAAUAAAAUUGUUUGUCUCAGCAAACAACUCGCAAGAAUUAGAUUUUGGUGGCUUUUUGCAACCGGGUUUAUUCUCCGGAGCAUCUAGCAAUCCAAAUGGAGCUCCAAAAGUAAACACUAGUCAAUCAGAGGCUUCUAGUUCAGACAGGAUGGCCGAGACAAGUUCAAAAGUUGGAGGUGAUGAUGAAGAUGUUACAAAAGGUGACGAUGUCUCCAGUGCAAGAACCUGGUCAAACUCCAGUGACGUGGAGUCAAUAAUGUCACAAAUGAAGGAUCUCUCGUUUAUGCUUGAGAGCAAUCUCUCAAUUCCCCAGAAGCGAGAUGGAAGCAAUUCAUUUUCUAAUGGUAAGUGAGAGACCCGCCUAAUAUACUUUCUUUGCAUGCCGUUCCCAUAUCUGUAUCCUUGGUUUUUUCAUGGUCAUAAAGCUUCAUUUUCCUCCUUUUUUUCCCCUGAAUUAUUUUCUGCAAACGGAUUUGAUGUUCCUUGUGUGGCCAUAAAACACAUAUUUGCCAGAUUCAUGAGUAUGAGGAUAAGUUCACUUACCGCC